AUGGCAUACUCGGCUGCCAUCAGUCAAAUGGUUGGGGAUAAAAAGUUAUUGGACCCCUUGAUUGCUGAUUUAAUUACAUUAUCCUUUGAAUGCAAGAGGAAGUAUCAACCAAUAAAAGAAAUGGCAGAGGCAUGCCAGUUGAGAGUUAGAGGCAUAGGAGCCAGAAAUGAGAAUGUUUUAGCUGGCCUCAUGUCAGCCAGUACAGAAAUCAUCCAGCCAUUCAUCAUGGGGUGUGACACAAAAAACCCCAAAGUUGUGCAGAUGUCACUAACAGCCAUUCAAAGACUCAUCUCUCAGAAAGUCGUCAGUGAAGAGGCAGCCAAAAGCAUUGUGAUAUCUCUGUGGCUGUUGAUGGAGGCGAGAGUUGAAGAAUUGAAAUUACUGCAGACGGCCAUUCUGCUGAUAACUACUAAUGAUGUCGUCAAACAUGAAGUUCUUGCUAAAGCUCUAGCUCUAUGUUUCCGAAUGCACUUUGCUAAAGACAGCACGACCACAAACACAGCUGCGGCUACAGUCCGACAGCUUGUGGCUGCUGUCUUCGAUCGAGUCGUCAUAGAGGACGCUACUCCGUUUCAUGGCACACUAGAACCUCUCUCAUUGGAUGAAUUGAAGAUGGGGUGCAAGCAUGCCCCCAAAUCCCUCAGGCCCUACGCCUCCGAUGCCUUUUUACUCUUUCAGGACUUCUGCCAGUUAUUAAACGCUGAUCAACCUUACUGGCUACUUGGAAUGACCGAGAUGACAAGGGCCCUCUGUCUCGAACUGAUGGAGGAAGUUUUAGCCAAUUAUAAAUCCGUCUUCGUCAAUCAUCCAGAAUUCACCUUUCUCCUUAGUGAGAAAGUUUGCCCGCACGUCAUCCGCCUAUUUUCUCCGAGUAUCAAGUACAAAUCGUCGAGAAGUAACAGCGGUAGCAGUGCAGGGGGCGAUAGGCCGUAUUUUCCUAUUGUUAUCAGGCUGCUGAGGAUCGUGUCUAUGAUGAUUUUGCAUUAUUAUCCGCUUUUGCUGACAGAAUGCGAGAUAUUCCUCUCAUUACUCGUAAAAUUUCUCGACCCUGAAAAAACUACAUGGCAAAGGACAGCUUCGUUAGAAGUCUUGGGUAAACUCUGCCUAAAGCCCGACAUUAUUAGAAAUUUCUGCGAAUCCUACGACAUGAAACCACACGCCACGAAAAUCCUUCGAGAUAUCAUCAACGGGGUCGGCGUAUUCAUCCAAUCACACGGCCUAUUAGCCCUGCCCUCUCAGAUUGUAUUCACAUAUAGGAGCGUUAGCAUACCCCUGGUUUUGAAUAUUAACGCCCCACAAGGAAGCCACAAAUCUGUCAUUUUAGAGAUGUUGGAUAAACAAGACGCUCCCAGUAUCCUGGAUGGAUACGGACUAUCCCUCGCCUUCCUAUGUAUCUUGGAUACCGUUAAAUCCAUCAAAUCCAUUAUCCCAUUCGUCAUAAAGCGUUUAUACGAGGAGCUGAUCAACUCAACGUGGUGUGGUGUGCUGUCUGCUUUGCUGUUGUUGUUGGAGGCCAGCACCGACGACCAGACGACUGACAUAGUUCUCAAAUCCCUGCUAACGUACGCCACCCUCUGUGGUUCAGUGGGGGUCAUGACGCCGAGGGACGCCUUCAUCACGUCACUCUGUAAGGUUUCCCUCCCACCUCAUUAUACUCUUCAAGUUUUGGGAUGUGGCCAAUCAACUCACGGGGAAGCCAUUCAAAGCAGUCAAGUGGUUGUUGUUGGCACAGCCCUCUACACCAGCUCAACCAAUCAGAAUGCUUACCAGGGACCUGUCGUGUUAACAGCAAAGAACAUACAAUGCAUGAAAACUCUUCUGAAUUUAGCUCAACACCAUGGUAGUCUUCUUGGCACCUCUUGGUACCAAGUUCUGACUACAUUGCAGCACCUGGUCUGGAUUUUGGGACUGAAGCCGACCGCCGGUGGCUCGAUGAGGCCCUCCCAGCUGGCCUCAGAUAACAUCAACUCUGUCAUCACUACCUCAAUUAUGAGCGACCUGCCUACGUUAAGCAAUCAACUAACUAAACUCUUCGAAAGUUCUCAAAUCCUCGAUGAUGUUUCUCUGCACCACCUGGUCAGCGCCCUUUGCAAACUGUCUUCGGAAUCAUUGGACAUCGGAUACACAAAUAGAGAGCCUUCGUUGUUUGCCGUGGCCAAGUUACUCGAGACGGGAUUGGUCAAUUUAGAAAGAGUGAGUGUGGUCUGGAAUCCAAUAACUGGUCAUCUUUUAGAGGCUUGUCAGCAUCCCAAUUCAACAAUGAGGUCAUGGGCUGCCGAGUCUAUCACAACGCUCGUUAAAUCGGCGUUCACUUUUAAACACAAUCCGCCGAUACAACAACAGUCAAAGCUGCAGACCAAACUCCUCUCGCCCCUUCACGAACUUUCGAACUGCGUGCACCACCAAGACAUCAGGCACAAACAGAUGGACUGCCUGCUUCAAGUCGUCCAAAGCAAUGGCGAACACCUCUGUGACGAUGCCUGGGGCAUAAUCCUGAAGGUCAUAGGUCAAGUGACUUCGUCGGGUCAAAGCGAAUCCCUGAUCCGUCUGUCCUUUCAAAGUCUCCAGUUGAUCGUCACGGAUUUCCUGCUGUCGCUCCCCAGUCGCCAUCUUGAAACCGUUGUCGACGUGGUGGCCAUGUUCGGCACGCAGCAGCAGGAGCUUAAUAUCAGCUUGACGGCUGUCGGCUUGCUGUGGAACAUCGCCGACCACUUCUCGCAAUCACGUGACAAGAUCAUGCUGGACAUGCGCAAACCACCAGCGCCCCAGCAACAACUACAACAGCAGUUCGAUGACCUCUGGAUGACCUUGUAUUGCCGUCUGGGUCAGCUGUGUGUUGACCCCAGGCCGGCCGUUCGUAAGAGUUCAGGUCAAACCCUGUUUUCAAUGAUUAGCGCCCACGGGGGGUUGCUGCAGUUCAAUUCCUGGCACGAUAUGUUGUGGAAGGUUCUUUUCCCGCUCUUAGAGAACGUUCGAAAGCAGUGCAGUCGUGUCGCAGACUCGAAGGCAGAUGUGUCGGGUUCGAAACCCACCUCGGUCUCCAACAUUCUCAUGCACCACUCGAGAGAUACCGCGGAGAAACAGUGGGCCGAGACGAGAUUUCUAACGCUGGCUGGUGUCGUCAGGGUGGCUAGUUUGAAGAGGAGUGUCUUGCAGAGGAUGGAGGACUUCAUGAGGGCCUGGUUGAUGAUGCUGGAGCACAUCGAAGAUGCAGCCCUAUCGAAAAACGCUGAAGUUUCAUUGGCUGCCCUCAAGAGCUUUCAAGAACUUCUGAACAUCAGUUCCAGUGAAGGGGGUAGCCCUCAACAGCAACCUCAACAACAAACAACUGAAAAUAAAGUCAAUCAACUUUUUAUUGCAGCUAAAACAGCAUCUGCUAAAGCUGCUACAGCUGCUACUAGCGAGGCGAACGCAGUAACUUCAACUCAGCCGACAGCAAUUAAAAAUAAUCUCACCACGUCUCUGACUACUACAGCCACUAACAGCAGUAGCGAUAUAAACGGUGGUGGGUCACUUCCAGAUGAUGUCAGUGACCAGCUGGCUUUGUGGCUAAGCGCUUGGAAAGUCUGGAGAAAUAUCGGUUUGGCCUGCACAUCCAUAACUGUGACGUCAUCGUCAUCUGGCGCCAAAAGUGACGAGCGAGCCAGUGACAAUUGUUAUAUACCUUCUCAGGCUUUCCUGACGGCAUUGAUACAAACGUUUCCUGGAUUAUAUCAGCACAUAAGAGAGCAGUUCGUGACUCCAGAGUUGGACAGGCUGUUGCAGGUCCUCCAGCGAUCCCUCUGUGUCCCCGUUCAAAACUCAACCGCCACGUCGUCCUUUUAUAUCCUAUCCAUGGACCAACAAUCUCUGACCCCGUUGCAAGAGGCUGUCCUUGGUGCUAUCAAGCUGAUUGGGCAGGAUGGCUUGAAGAACGAAGGAGCAAUGGCGAACAUCUACCCUGAGCUCUUCGACAAGAUCCUGCAGUUCGUCGAGUACUCUGUGUACACACCUAAGCCUCUGAGAUCUGCUGAUGACGCUGCUCUUGCUAAUCAUAAUACUAAAGUUUCUACUUCUACUUCUGCUGCUACUGCAAUUAGUGGUAGCAGCAGUAGUAGUAGUGGUGGUGGUGGUGGUUAUAAAGUCGGUGGUGGAAAAAUGAGCGGGGAUUGGCUGACGACGAACUACGUGCCAUUCUCAGAGGCCGUCAUACAAUUGGUGGUCGAUAUGUAUAAGGUUUCAGUCAACAACAUGGCUGUCGUGAAGGCUGCUACGUGCCAGAAAAUUAUCAAGGCACUUAGCUUGCCCUUGUUGAAAAAGUACACUUGUCCUUACAAAAGUACAUGGGUACUCGCAAUUACGUCACUACUUACAAUACUCAAGAUUACACUUCCCGUUGCCAGAAAAUAUGAGAAAGAUUUUUGUGGUAUGUGGAAUGAACUUGGGCAAGCUUUUGAGAAUUUUCUAUUUUCAACUCAUCCCUCACCUUCAUCCUUAUCUCUCGAAGAUUUUCGGAAAGAUGAACAGCUUGAUUGUCAUGUCGUCGAAACGAUACGAGACGAGGUACUGCCCCACUCAUCCAAACUACCAACGACCUUCAUCUCGAAGAUCAUGUCCAUCUUGAACAGAGGCUCCAUACAUACUGCCACUACCGAAAGUUUUCUCGAAAUAGAUUCAACCAAUCGCCUGCGAGAAGAAUUCGCCAAAGUUUGCUUCGAAACCUUACUCCAAUUCUCAUUCGUCCAACGAAAUGACGCGCUCCUCUCCCCUCAGAAGUCCAGCCAAUCACAGCAGACUUCUAAAAAUAGCAGCCAGCCAAACAGCUUGAAAUCAGGUCAGGAAGAAAAUGGGGUCAUAACGAGUUUAGCCAUCGAGGCCUUACUUCACAGAUGUAAGAAUGUUUUAGAAAAGUACAAUGAUGAUGCUAAACUUUCUGGGAAUUUCCCGCUACCGAGGCCACAGAUGACAGAGGUGUCGUUCGUCUUGCAAGCCAUAGCUACGCUGCUCGUUACGCUGAAGAAGAAUCCAACAAUCGUCAGUGAUAAACUCUGGAUUGAAACAAUAGCCUUAUACCCACAUCUGAUAGACUGUGCUACGUCAUCGUCGUCAUCUUCAUCAUCGUCGUCGUCAUCAUUUAACAUCAGUAAAUCCUUGCAUUACGCUCUGAUGCAAUAUAAAGAUCUACUGAGACCGCCCCAUAACUUGUAACACCCCUGACUUGAAAUGGUAUCAUCCGGCUAAUUAGUAAUAUUCAUGAGGGGUGAAAUAUGUUAAUUAGGAUAGAGGCAAACUACUACUGAUUAUGUUAAUUAGCCAGCUAGAAGAAAAUAUUAUCUUAUUUAUCGUUAUAACCUUAUUGUAAUUAAUAAAAUGUAUGCUUUUCAUUACGUAUUUGUUUAUAAAAAAAAUUUUACUCUAUUAACUUGGCUGAUUGAUUGAUUGAUUAAUUAAUUAAUUAGUUAAUUGAUUAAUAGAUCGAUUGAUCGAUAGAUUUGUUGAGAUAUUUUGAGAACAUUGAAAAAUUUUCAUUCGUCUGCACUGAUUCAUCCAUACAUACAUGCACUAGGUACUUAAUUUAUGCUCGUGCAAUCAAUCACUCAUCCAUCCAUCCAUUCAUUCAUUCAUUCAUUCAAGAAUAUACUUAAGCAUUCUUCCCUUUAUUUAUUCACUCAUUCAUUUUUAUAUUAUUUAUUAGUUUUUUAAGAAAUAUUUAUACUGAUUUAAUUAAAAAAAAUAUCAUAGACACGAGAAUACAUAGUACAGUUUUUUCAUUCGCUAACUAAAUCAAUUUUCCAGUACUUAAUUAUUAUUAUUAUUAUUUAUUAUUAUUAAUUAUUAUUACUAUUAUUAUUUUCACAACUGAUGCUACUAACUUCCAUAAAUGACAUUGAAUCAGGAUUUGUUCAAUGUAAAAUACACUCUUAUUCGAUAUAAAAAUGAAACACACACACACACACACACACACAUAUAUAUAUAUAUAUAAUGAAUUGCCUAACUAAUUAUCUGGCUAUUGUUAUGAAGAUCAAAUGAAAAUAACUGUUGAGAAUAUAUAUACAGAACAAAAAUAAACUCAA